AUGUUUCAAUUCGGUCUGAAUAAAAAUAAAACUACGCCAAUUUUUGAUGAUGGUUAUUGUUACUUACAAAUUGGUGUCUCAGAUAAUAAUACUACUCUAUAUCUUGAAUGUCAUGAGAAAAGUCGCCGCAGAUGUCCAGCUCGAGGAGUAAAGAAGGUUGAAUCACCCUUUGUUUCUUUAACAAGAAAUCACAACCAUAUUCGAAAUUAUGAUAUUGAAUUGAUUUAUAAUUUCAAACAUGAGUUGUAUUCUUCUGUAAUAUCUACUACACGUGAUUUACGUAUUCUUUUUAACGAAAUAAGUAUU